AUGGAAGGAAUUCAGCAGGCUCAGCCGCAGGAGUCCCACCCAGGUGUCAGGCAACAGCAUGUCAAUGAUGCUCCUUCUACAGGAUCUUUUCCUAACUGGAGAUCUAUACUAUCACCAACACGGCCUUCCACAGAAACCAAGACUCCCUCAGUAGCUGAUCUUUCUCUGGGACAGACUUUGGAGAACGCAGACUUGCUUCAGAUGAUCAAAACAACGCUGACUGGCGCCCGUGCCAGGACUUUGGAUCAGAUGCACCUGUCACCCUCCCUCUACCAAGGCAGUGGGAGCAGUGCACCCCAGGAACCCGCUGAGGUUUCAGCCGAGUCGCCUCUGAGGCCGUCCUCUCAAGAUGCAGAUGACACAGCUGCUCUAACAGGUUUGCCUCAGCUUGUGUUAUCUGGAGUAUCUUCUGGUGCAAUACCUACAGUAGAAACUUCAGAAGCAAAACCACUAACAAGAAAAUCAUCUCCAGCUUCACCAGUGCCAGCUUCUUCCUUCUUUUCUCUAGGCACUGAAAACACACCUUUGCCAUCCGUGAUGGCUCUAAGCACACCGAUCCUGACACUAACAAAAAAUAACACUGCCACAAAACUGACACCGGAUCUGAGCUCAGUAGGAACACAGGCAGAUUUUCCUUUUGCAACAAGAAACACGACUGCCUCACCUCUGGACAUGCCAGCUCUGUUCAUAACCCCCAAGAGCAGCACGGUCACAGCUUCCACACUCGCACCCACAGCCCACGUACCAAGGCAGAUAGAAACAACAGUAACUGACACCCAGAAGUUCCCGAGCUCAGACAUCAGCAAAAGGCCAACCCCAUCCCCACUGACAAUGACAGCAGCUUUGACAUCUAUUACAGCAUCAGCGAAAACAACUAGGCUUCCCCCUCCUGCCGUGGAACUCAGCCCUGCUGCUCCCGACACCACGGCAGCAGCCGCUUUCGCUAACAUGACGGCAGCUCCCUCCCUGGAUUGCCGGCUCUCUGCCAACAUGAUGGUGAAAACAGUUCUCUUUCUGAACACAAGGAGGAUGAUGAUCAGCAAUGCCUUCAGGGAGAGUGUGAGAAAAGGCCUCAACCAAGUGCUGAGACAAGCUUUCAACCAGAAUGUCAGUGCUCAGGUUGAAAUCCUGGAGCAGUCGAGUAACCUGACCGUAGGUUACUAUGUCACGCGGGGCAGGCUGGUUUUCACGCCGGCUGCAGUCGCCGAGAAGCUGCUCGCCUACGGCCUCGGCAACGCCACGGCGGACAUGAAGCAGCACGUGCCACACCUGCAGGCCCUGGUGGCCCUGGCCCUGCCCUGGCAGCCCCUGCCCGCCUACCACUUCCAGCUGAAGACGGAGCUGCAGUUUGUGGGUCAAACAGACAAUAUUCAGUCAUGCAAAUUUGUUCAGACCAUGGAACAGCGGCUCCAGAGAGCAUUUCAGGAUGCUGAAAGAAAGGUCCUAAACACCAGCAACAACUUAACUGUUCAGAUUUUGAACACCUCCAAUGUCUCCCAAGCUGUCACUCUGUUUUAUGUAGUGAAAAAUCAAAGCACAACUCUAAAUGGCACUAUUUCCAGCAACCUUCUUAAUCAGCUGUCAGCUGAGCUGGUGGGUUUCUACCUCACCUACCCACCUCUCACCAUUGCUGAAUCUUUGGAGUAUCCAAACCUUGAUGUCUCGGAAUCAACUAGAGACUACUGGGUGAUAACAGUCAUCCAAGGGGUGGAUAUUGCUUUGCUGGGGCUGAACAACCAGAGCUUUGCCAGGCUGAUGGAGCAGCGCUUGGCCCCGCUGUUCAUGAUGUCCCACCAGCAGGGAAGGAGGUUCAGACGUGCCACCACCGUGGGCAGCUACACCGUGCAGAUGGUAAAAAUUCAACGUAUUCCAGGACCCAAGGAGCCAGCUGAACUGACAUAUUACACUUUAUACAACGGGAAGCCUUUGCUGGGCACUGCAGCUGCCAAAAUUUUGAGUACAGUUGAUUCGCAGAGGAUGGCCUUGACCCUGGGCUAUGUCAUCCAAGUUCAAGCUGAUCCUGUGGUGAAGAACCCCCCAAACAACCUGUGGAUCAUUGCAGCCGUGCUGGCUCCCAUCGCCGUGGUCACCGUCAUCAUCAUCAUCAUCACCGCGGUGCUGUGCAGGAAGAACAAGAACGACUUCAAACCAGACACCAUGAUGAACCUGCCUCAGAGAGCCAAGCCAGUACAAGGCUUUGACUAUGCCAAGCAACACUUGGGCCAGCAGGGAGCAGAGGAUGAGGUUUUACCUGUGACUCAGGAAACUGUCAUCCUUCCACUUCCAGUCAGAGAUGCUCCUGCCUCCCAGGAGAGGGAAACGACCCAGGAUGGGAGCACCAUCAAAACUGCCAAAUCCAACGAAACAAGGAAAAGCCGCUCCCCGAGCCAGAACGGCUCCAUCCUCAGCAAUGGGUCGGGAAAGCCCAGCUCCAGCCGGAGCUCCCUGCACAAAGUGAUGGCACCGCAGAAAGCGGCCAAAGACGAGGGGAGGAAAAGGAACGGUUUUACAUCUUCAAAGAAAAUUGUGGCCGUGAGUGAUGAAGAGGAAGGAGGGAUUCUCUUUGAUAACGUCGCCAAGUCUGCCGUGGACCCCUUUGACACGUCCUCGGGCUCGGUGCAGCUCAUCGCCAUCAAACCUGUGGCCCUCCCUGCUGUCCAUGCUGCUUCAGAGAGGAGCCAGGAGUCUGCCAUCAUCAAUGGGGAGGUGAACAAGGCUUUGAAGCAGAAGUCUGAUAUAGAGCACUACCGCAACAAGCUGCGCCUGAAAGCCAAGAGGAAAGGGUACUAUGAUUUCCCACAGGUUGAUAAUAGCAAGGCGCUGACAGACAGGAAAAGGAUGUAUGAGAAAAACCAGAAAGAACUUGACCACAUUUUGGAUCCAGAUGCAGAUGUCUCGUCUCCAUUUGCUGAGCCGAAGAACAGGCAGCCACUGAAGAACUCAGUGUACAGAAGCAGGCAGUCCCUGAACAGUCCCAGCCCAGGGGAAACUGAGAUGGAUCUGCUGGUGACUCGAGAAAGGCCGAGGCGUGGCAUCCGGAACAGUGGAUAUGAUACCGAGCCUGAAAUCAUAGAAGAAACCAACGUUGACCGCGUCAACGAGCCGCGCAAUUACAGCAGGGCCCGGCAGGCCAAGGGCCACUCGGAGACAUCGACGCUGAGCUCGCAGCCGUCCAUCGACGAGGUGCGGCAGCAGAUGCACAUGCUGCUGGAGGAGGCCUUCAGCCUGGCCUCUGCUGGCCACGGGGGCCAGCCCCGGCACGACGCCUACGGCUCGGCCCCACACCUGCCCUACUCCGAGGUGGUGACCAGCGCCCCCGGCACCAUGACCCGGCCGCGGGUGGGCGUGCAGUGGGUGCCCACCUACAGGCCAGAAAUGUACCAGUACAGCUUGCCAAGGCCCGCUUAUAGAUUUUCUCAGCUUCCUGAGAUGGUAAUGGGUUCUCCUCCCCCACCUGUCCCUCCCAGAACGGGUCCUGUGGCUGUUGCCUCUCUCAGGAGGUCUACAUCAGAUAUUGGCAGCAAAGUGAGAAUACCUGAGUCCAGUGGAGCAGAUCAGGCCCAGCAUCAUGAUCAGACGCCUUUUGCACCGGGCUCCAGAGCUCCCAUGUCUGUUGGUCCACUCGAACAAUCAGCUUUUCAAUCAGGAAAUACGGUACCAGCAGUGUUUGCCAUUCCAGCAAACCGACCUGGCUUCACAGGCUACUUUAUCCCAACUCCUCCCACUGCCUACAGGAACCAAGCCUGGAUGCCCUAUGCUGGGGAGAAUGAGUUGCCAGGGCAGUGGGCAGACUCUGUGCCCCUUCCUGGCUACAUCGAGGCUUACCCGCGGCCCCGCUACCAGCACAACUCGCCCUCCCGGCUGCCCCGGCAGUACAGCCAGCAGGGCAGCCUGCACCCCAGCCUGGAGCAGGCUCCGCUGGCCUCCGCCGCCGCCUCCCAGCAGAGCCUGGCCGACAACGACCCCUCCGACGCGCCACUCACCAACAUCUCCACCGCUGCCCUCGUCAAGGCAAUAAGAGAAGAAGUGGCCAAGCUGGCCAAGAAGCAAACAGACAUGUUUGAGUUCCAGGUCUAA